UCUAUAAAAACCGCAGCCUCGGACAGAGGAACGCUGUUUUGGGCUCAAACUUUGCACGCAGCUACAAAGAGCAGCAAUUAAGGAGUCGUUUGAGCAAGGUUUGCUGUUAUAAACAGUGAAUACGCUAUUGUAAGGUAGGCAAAAUUGAUUGUCUGGUUUCCUUAUUCAAGCACAUGAUUAUUCAUGCGUCCUCGAUGGGAAAGCUUUUGUGCAAUAGCAGGAAAGCACUCUAAAUUUGAAAGCCCUGUGAUGUUUCGAUCAUUGUGUCGUGACGCGCUGUAGAGGACUUGUCAUCAGAAGCUUACUGUAACACAGACGCCCGCCCCGUUGGCUGUUGUGACGUCGCUGGUAAUGUAAUUUUCAGAACUGAUUUUCUCUCGCUCUUGUAAACACCGAACGUUCAGCUUGUUACUGGCCUCUGUGGCAAGAAGUCACUGACAAAGAUGGAGAAUUCUGGUACAGCUGAUUCCAUAACAGGAGUUGAUAACAAAGCAUUAGAAGUGGCAGAUGAAGUACCCAUGGGAAAUGGCAAGUCGUCCCUAAUGGCUUCAAAUGAUGUCCCUCAUGGCACAGUUAAAGAAGAGCCAGCCAAACACGCCCGUUUCAAGAUCAUCAACCACUCGCAGUCUUCUCCGAAUUUAAAACAUGAAGAUGACGUUGAUGUAGAGAACGUGAAGCUGGAGAACCACUCCUCGACAGAUUCAAAAGAGACAACGCUGACUGUGCCCCUUUCUGGUCACUUGAAGCGGAGAAGUGAAAGUGACUCGAACCAUCAUGGCACUUACCAUGGCCUGCAUCAUGGAACACACCACUCCACCCAGGGUUUUACCACCAUUGGCUACUCCUCAACUGAAGCGGUGCCAAUGACUGUCUUUUACAGAAACGAAGAUUCCCUUUCUAAUAUUGCAAAGAAGAGACCUACUUUGCAAGAACUUCACAAAGGGAGAAAAGAGAACAAGCGGAUCAAGGAUAAAUUAAAAGGCCAUGAUGGAGACACCGGAGUUAUCGAAAGAGGAAACGGUGGCCAGAGGGGUGGAACAAAGAUUGGCUGGAUUAAGGGUGUACUGGUUCCUUGCCUUCUUAAUAUAUGGGGCGUUAUUAUGUUUCUCAGGCUUUCUUGGAUCGUUGGGCAAGCUGGCAUUGGGUUCUCAUCCAUAAUCGUCACUUUGGCUAGUGUUGUCACUAUGGUGUCAGCUUUAUCUAUGUCUGCCAUUUGCACAAACGGAGAAGUUAAAGGAGGAGGUGCAUACUACUUCAUUUCACGUAGCCUCGGGCCUGAAUUUGGCGGUUCCAUUGGCAUCAUCUUCUCGAUAGCAAAUGCUGUUGCUGUUGCACUUUACAUUGUCGGCUUCGCAGAGACAGUCAGAGAUCUGAUGCUACGCUACGGCACAAAAAUUGUCGAUCCCCAAAACGACAUAAGAAUCGUUGGUAUUGGCGCUUUGGUUUUGCUGUUUAUUGUCACGUUGAUUGGCCUAGAAUGGGUUAUGUACACCCAAGUGUUUCUAUUGUUUAUACUUGUUGCUGCGAUUAUCAGCAUUAUUGCAGGGUCCUUUUACCCUAACCCUGUCAACAGCCGAGAACAAGUCGAAGCCUGGGGGAUCUUUGGGUACAAUGCUACCCUUUUCAAAGAAAAUUUCGUACCGCAAUACCGGGAUGGAAAUAAUUUCUUCUCCGUCUUCGCAAUUUUCUUCCCAGCUGCAACAGGGAUCCUUGCUGGUGCCAACUUAUCCGGUGACCUUAAGGACGCCUCCUCAGCUGUCCCUAAAGGAACUUUGAUUGCGAUUGGCAUUACCUCUGUGUCGUACCUUUUAAUGUGUUGGAUAAUCGGCAGUGCAGCAGCGCGUGAUGCAUCUGGAGUCAUUGCCAGCUCAUUAUUGAAUAUGACGAAUGGCAGUUGUGCCGUUGGAAGUUGCAAUUUCGGAUUAAUGAACGACUUCCAGCUACUUGAGAAACUCUCCAUUUGGGGUCCAGUUGUUACAACAGGAAUAUUUGCUGCCACUCUUUCAUCUGCAUUGGCCAGUCUCGUUAGCGCCCCCAAAGUCUUCCAGGCAGUAUGCAAGGACAAUAUAUUUCCUGGAAUUGAAUUCUUCGGCAAAGGGAACGAGAAGAAUGAACCCCGCAGAGGCUAUAUCCUGGCUUUUUUUAUUGGCGCAGCGUUCAUUGCAAUCGGAGACCUAAAUGUCAUCGCCCCGAUCAUAUCAAACUUUUUCCUGAUGGCCUAUGCUUUAAUCAACUAUGCUGUUUUCAAUGUUUCAUUGGCAAAGACUCCUGGAUGGAGACCAGCAUUUCGAUAUUACAACAAAUGGGCGGCACUUGUUGGUUUUCUGCUUUGCAUCGGCAUCAUGUUCUUCAUGAACUGGUGGGCAGCCUUAAUCACAGUUGUUGCUGUUGCUGGAUUAUAUAAGUUCGUAGAUUACAGACGACCAGAUAUAAACUGGGGUUCUUCUGGUCAUGCCCACACAUACCUCAAAGCUCUUCGAUUCACAAGGCGCCUGGAACAGGUUGGCGAUCAUGUCAAAAACUUUCGUGUUCAAUGUCUUGUUUUAUGUGGGUCGCCGUCUUCCCGACCAAACCUUGUGCACUUUGCUUCGCACAUAACGAAGAGUUUUGGACUGAUGGUUUGCGGUGAUGUGAACGUUUCGGAUGGAAUUUCUCUGAGAACCAACGACGAAGCAGAAUGGCUGAGGAAGCACAAAAUCAAAGCUUUCUAUCAAAUGAUCCAAAGCAGAACAUUAUAUGAUGGAGCAGCAUCUCUUAUGCAGUCCGUUGGGCUAGGCCGCCUUAGACCUAAUACCCUAUUGCUUGGUUACAUGACAAAAUGGCAGGCUUGUACACAGUCGAAAGUUGAAGAGUACUUUAAUCUGUUGCACACAGCUUUCGAUUUGCAUUAUGGUAUUGCCAUUCUUCGUAUGCAAGAUGGAUUCGACAUAACCGAAGAAACAGACGAUGAAGAUGAACAGUUCUUCCUGAACCAAGAGCCCGACUGGUACACAGAGGACUGGGACGAAUCACAGAUCCCCAGGGAACCGAAGAAUGACCAAUCUUCUUCAAACACAGGUGAUACUGUAGAAGCCAGAAAUGUGAAUGGAAACCCUGAAAUCGUAAUUGCUUUUAAUAAGAAAAACAAGGGGACGAUCGAUGUUUGGUGGCUAUACGAUGACGGGGGACUCACUAUCCUAGUGCCUCAUCUAUUGUCGCUAACAACUCAAUGGCGAGGUUGUAAGCUGCGAAUUUUCACCCCUGCCUCUGACAAGAAAAUAAAAGCAAACCAAAUUCGAAUGGCAAAUCUUCUCAAGAAGUUUCGUAUUGAUUUCUCAAGUGUAGUGGAAUUCAGGGGGAUUAACAAGCCUCCAAAGGACGAGAGCAUCGACGCCUUCAAAAAACUGAGAAAUGGUGAGCACCUUGUGGAGGAGGCUUUGGACAAGAAAACACUUAGGCAGAUCCGUCUUGGUGAACUUGUGAGGGAGCACUCCCAUGACGCAAAACUUAUUGUGCUGACACUGCCAAUUCCUAAGAAGGCUAUUGUGACGUCACUAAUGUACAUGAGUUGGUUGGAGGUGCUGUCCUCAGACUUACCCCCUGUUCUGUUGAUACGGGGAAACCAAACAAGCGUACUUACUUUCUAUUCCUAAAUUAGGAAGAAAAAAUAAUAAACUGGCGUUUUAGGUCACAAUACCAGCUGGGAAUGAUGACAUUUAGGUUUGUAGCAUCUUGGGGUUGUUUUUGUUUGCAUGGCUCCUCAAUAUCAAUUUCUUUACCUUUCCAUAUUUUCUAGGGUCAAAUCAUCUUCCAAUGUCUGCCUGUAACUGGAGUAGAAAACUUAAAAAUAAAAAAUUUAAAGUAGUAAAAUUUUGCCAGCAUUUAUUGAGUUUUCAGUUAUCAAGAGGACUAUUGAGGUCACACAUGAAUGCAAAUGUCAAAAAGUAGUUUAAUUUCAAUCAAAGAUUUGAUCAUGGCAAAAAUUAGCUACGAUAUUUGAGAAUUGCCCAGAAAAAAGAGGAGGGGGUGCAGCCCCCCUGCAAAAAGUAAAGGGGGCUGAUCCCCCCUGAGCCCCCUCUUCUACAGUCCUGCUCUAGUAGAAUAAUUGUGUGUUAUCAAAGAGAGAUAUUUACAUAUAACUGAAAUUGGCCUUAAUCUUAGCAGCUUAAGGUUCCUGUCUUGAUAAUAAAAGCUUUUUGUUUGCCAAAGAAUUUUCUUAUGGCAAAAUAUCGGAUUGAGUCAGUGAAUUCGAUACGAAAUGAAUCCGGUAUCGUGUGAACAGGGCUUUAGAUGCCAGUCCGCUCUACCAAGGGAUACUUAGCCACAGUCAUUUUAAAUAGUUUUUGAAUUUCUGCCAACUAUACUGUUAUACAUUUCCAGUUCUUUAGAGGACGCAUUAUGAUAAUAUUUUAUGUCCUGUAUGUAAUGCAGUUAAAAGAAUAUGAAUAUUUUGCUUAUCGUUCGUUGAUUAUUUUUUAUUUUAAAGAAUUUUCUCUUAAUAGGCAAUACGGUUGUAUACUUUGUGGUUGACUUUUUAUAAGCAAGUUGAAUUUGAUGAAAUUUUCAAUGAUUUUUUAUAAAUUUGAAUUAGAAUCAGUGAAAUUAUUAGAUGUA